UUUCUACGAGAGAUACGAGAGAGAGAAGUGGCAUAAACCGUAAUUACACACCACCUCUGAACCCUUUUUCCACAAAACCAUCGUAGUCCUUCAUGAUAUUUUCCUCGGCCAUUAAAUUCUUCUUCUCCUUGUGCACUUACCUGGAAGCUCAGUUCUGUGGGUGACUCUUAUGAUGCUGUAACCAUACGAGCUCUGAUAGUGAUUCUGGUAACAGGAGAUUCAUUGCAUCAUCAAAGAGUAGACAAUAGGGAGAGGUUAAAUAGAUUUGUCUUAAGGUGUAUAAAAUGGAAAAAAAGAGUGUACGAAACUCUCAUACAUUGUCUCUGGUUAGAGUGUUGAGAGGUAUAAUAUGUCUGAUGGUGUUAGUUGCAACAGCUUUUAUGAUGUUGGUAUUCUGGGGGUUCUUAUCAGCUGUAGUGUUGAGGCUUUUCAGCGUACACUAUAGCCGUAAAUGUGUUUCCUUCUUCUUUGGUUCGUGGCUCGCCUUGUGGCCUUUCCUCUUUGAGAAGAUCAACAGAACCAAAGUUAUCUUCUCUGGCGAUAAGGCUCCUUGCGAGGAACGAGUGUUGCUCAUUGCCAAUCACCGAACAGAAGUUGAUUGGAUGUACUUUUGGGAUCUUGCACUGCGUAAAGGACAAAUUGGAAAUAUCAAAUAUGUGCUUAAGAGCAGUUUGAUGAAAUUACCUCUCUUUGGUUGGGCGUUUCACCUCUUUGAGUUUAUUCCUGUUGAGCGGAAAUGGGAAGUUGAUGAAGCAAACUUGAGGCAAAUAGUUUCGAGUUUUACGGAUCCCCGAGAUGCUUUAUGGCUUGCUCUUUUCCCCGAAGGCACAGAUUACACAGAAGCUAAAUGCGAAAGGAGUAAGAAAUUUGCAGCUGAAAAUGGCCUUCCAGUACUGAACAACGUGCUACUUCCCAGGACAAAAGGUUUCGUCUCCUGCUUGCAAGAAUUGAGUUGCUCACUUGAUGCAGUUUAUGAUGUGACCAUCGGUUAUAAAACCCGCUGCCCUUCUUUCUUAGACAAUGUCUAUGGUAUUGAGCCAUCAGAAGUUCACAUCCACAUUCGUCGUAUCAAACUAACCCAAAUCCCAAAUCAAGAAAAAGACAUCAAUGCUUGGUUAAUGAACACAUUCCAGCUCAAAGACCAGCUGCUCAACGAUUUCUACUCCAGUGGCCAUUUCCCUAACGAAGGAACAGAAAAAGAGUUCAACACAAAGAAGCACCUUAUAAACUGCUUGGCAGUGAUUGCCUUCACCACCAUCUGUAUGUAUCUCACCUUCUUCUCAUCAAUGAUUUGGUUCAAGAUUUAUGUCUCUUUGGUCUGUGCCUACCUGACCACUGCUACACAUUUUAAUCUUCGUUCUGUUCCACUUGUUGAGACUGCAAAAAAAAACAUCAAAUUAGUAUAACAAAUAAACUUUCAUUGUUCUCAAUCCAGAUGAUGGAAUUGUUUUACUUGUGUAUUUCGGGGUUAAGAACCGAUCCACUUUCAACUUAUGAAAUGUAAGCUCAAUAUACGACUAGCUAUCUAUUUAAGAAUGUCUUCAUACAUUAA